GUGCCAGAGCACAAGGCAUUUUAGCUCCGGGGAUUUUCUUGAAAGGAAAUUGUGUUUGGGGGGAGUUGUGCCUCACACAACUCCCUGGGUACCAGUCCUCGGGCGGCCAGGGGGUUCACAACUCCCCACCCCAAGGCUAAGGGGUCACCUGGUCUCUGCAGGCGGACAGAAGGGCCUCUGCCCUCGCGGAUGCGCGCCCUGGCCUGGCCACACCUUCCGGCCUCCCUCCCCCGGGUCCGGGCGGGGAAGAGCCGCCUCAAUGGCAGGGCCCAUCCGCGAGAGGCCAGCGCCCCCGGCCGGUCCAGCCCAGGCCCGCCGCCUCCGCCCUGGGCUGAUCCCUCCGGGCCCUGCACCGCUCUCCUGCUACUUGGACUGCUUCCUCACGCCCUCCUCCCCCCCGCGCGCAGCGUGGGGAUCUCGGCCAAUAAAGGAGAAAGGGCACGACCUGUACGCGCGCCAGGUGCGUGGGCGAGACCAGCUCACGCCCCUCCUCCAGCCGCGAAGGCCCCGGCCCACAGCUGCCUGGCUGCAGUCAGAGGCGCAGCCCGAGGCAAGGAAGGGCGCCUUGGCUCGCACCUUUGUCUGGUUCGAACGUUCUGCUCAGUGGUGCGUGGAAUGCGAGCGCGUCUUAAAAUCGAUGGCGCCUAGGAGUCCAUGAAAUACGGUACAUGCUUCCGGCGAGGGGCGCCCCUUCCCGCGGAAGCCCCGCCCCUCACCCACGCUCCGCCCUCCGGGGAAUGCCCCGCCCCUCGUGGCAGGCCCGCCAGUCCCCGCGCAGGCGCGCUCGGGCUGCCACUAGCUCCUCGCACGCGGCCAUGGCGGACUCCGAGCUGCAGCUGGUUGAGCAGCGGAUCCGCAGCUUCCCCGACUUCCCCACCCCAGGCGUGGUAUUCAGGGACAUCUCGCCCGUCCUGAAGGACCCCGCCUCCUUCCGCGCCGCCAUCGGCCUCCUGGCGCGACACCUGAAGGCGACCCACGGGGGCCGCAUCGACUACAUCGCAGGCAUAGACUCCCGAGGCUUCCUCUUUGGCCCCUCCCUGGCCCAGGAGCUUGGACUGGGCUGUGUGCUCAUCCGAAAGCGGGGGAAGCUGCCAGGCCCCACUGUGUGGGCCUCCUAUUCCCUGGAGUACGGGAAGGCUGAGCUGGAGAUCCAGAAAGACGCCCUGGAGCCAGGACAGAGGGUGGUCGUGGUGGAUGAUCUGCUGGCCACUGGUGGAACCAUGAACGCCGCCUGUGAGCUGCUGGGGCACCUGCAGGCUGAGGUCCUGGAGUGCAUGAGCCUGGUGGAGCUGACCUCGCUUAAGGGCAGGGAGAAGCUGGCACCUGUACCCUUCUUCUCUCUCCUGCAGUAUGAGUGACUGCAGGGCCUCCCAGCCAACAUCUCCAGCUGGAUCCCAGGGAAAUAUCAGCCUUGGGCAACUGCAGUGAUGUCUGCAGUCACCAGGGGUACCGGCUGCCCACAGGGAACACAUUCCUUUGCUGGGGUUCGGCGCCUCUCCUGGGGCUAGAAGUGCCAAAGCCUGGGGCAAAGCUGUGUUUCAGCCGCCCUGGACCCAAUUACACACAGAGGGAGAACGCAGUAAACAGCUUUGCCACAA